UUCCUGCAACAGUUGGAAGAUGUAUAAUAAACGAACUAUACCAAUGGAUACUAUUAGUUGUAUUAUAGUAUAUAAAAAUGCAUUAACUUGCUACACAUUCUAGAACGCACAGACGUGCGGGUGUGGGCGUGGCGUGACAGACACAUCUCUUUUCUUUUUACCCUUCCCAGUCAACCAUUAAAUUGAAAGCCUGUCCCUGCCCCUGCCCCUGCCUGCAGAUUACUUCUUCUUCUUCUUCUUCUACAAUACUACCAUCAAAAUCAAUCUACCGCAUCUGUAUGUAUGUAUGCAUGCUUGCCUCACUUUGUUGUUGUUUCCAGCCUUCCCAGUCCGUGUCCGCCAGCUUCUCGAAAUGGCACCGGAUUAUGCCAGAGCGUUUCCAUACAUGAUCAGCUCCCUCCUCCUGCUGCUGCUCUCCCUGUUCCUUGCCAAACUCAGGCUUCAUGUGAACAGUAAGAGCCACUCCGCCAGGUUGCCUCCAGGCAGAAGAGGGUGGCCUCUCGUUGGGGACAGCAUCAACUGGUACAAUGCUGUUUCCAGCUCUCAUCCCCCGAGUUUUGUGGAGCAACAGGUGAAGAGGUUUGGCAAGAUAUUCUCGUGCAGCCUGUUUGGGAAAUGGGCUGUUGUAUCAGCUGACCCGGCCUUCAACCGUUUCGUGAUGCAGAAUGAAGGGAAGUUGUUCCAGUCCAGCUAUCCAAAAUCUUUCAGAGAACUGGUCGGGAAAAGUGGGGUGAUCACUGCACAAGGAGACCAACAAAGGAAGCUGCAUUCCAUCGCCUCCAAUAUGAUGCGCCUGGACCGACUCCGAUGCCAUUUCAUGCAGGACAUACAGAUAGUUAUGAAACAGACCAUGGCCAGCCUCCACAACAAUCAAGUUGUUCUUCUCCAAGAUGUUUGCAGGAAGGUGGCAAUCAACCUGAUAAUCAAUCAACUCCUCGGAAUGUCCUCUGAGUCCCAAGUGGAUGAGAUAGCUUGUUUGUUCUCUGAUUUCGCUGAUGGUUGCCUUUCUGUGCCCAUCAAAUUGCCUGGUUUUGCUUACCACAAAGCAAUGAAGGCAAGGGAAUGUAUAAUAAACAAGAUCUACAGGGCGAUGGAGAUACAUCAACAGCAGCAGUCCUCUCCUGCCACCGCCAACGCUUGUGUUCUGGGAAGGCUAUUAGAAGAAGAAAGCUUGCCUGAUGAUGCUGUGGCUGACUUCAUUAUUAACCUUCUCUUUGCUGGGAAUGAGACAACCGCUAAAACCAUGCUCUUUGCGGUUUAUUUUCUCACACAAUGUCCAAGAGCCUUGAAGCAAUUGCUGGAAGAGCAGCAAAGCCUAAGGAACGAAAGCAUGCUGAGCUGGCAAGACUAUAAAGCUAUGCCUUUCACUCAAUGUGUAAUCGAUGAGACUCUGCGUCUGGCUGGCAUUGCAAUUUGGCUGAUGAGAGAAGCCAAAGAAGAAGUAGAAUACGGAGAUUAUAUCAUUCCCAAAGGCUGCUUUGUGGUCCCAUUCCUUUCAGCAGUCCACCUAAAUGAGGACAUUUACAAGGAUGCUCUGAAGUUCAACCCUUGGAGAUGGAUGGAACCUGAAAAUCAAGAGAAGAGAAAUUGGAGGAGCAGUCCACAUUUUGCCCCAUUUGGGGGAGGCGGUCGCUUCUGUCCAGGGGCCGAGUUGGCUCGCCUCCAGAUAGCCCUAUUCCUUCAUUACUUCCCGACAACAUUUCAGUGGAGGCAGCUCAAGGAGGAUCGGAUGUCUUUCUUUCCAUCAGCUCGAUUGUUGAAUGGGUUUCAAACACAACUCACCAAAAUAAGCAUGGAUCACUUAAACUGA